CAACUCGGCCAAACAUCGCCCGAACAUCCCUUCAACACGAGAUCCACCACCUCUUUUUGUUGACUACGUUGUUGGAAAUUGGAGGCCCGAAGGCCCCUGAACACGCGGAACUUCAUUCCUGUAGCCACGCUGGCUUGCGCUAGUUAGGUUGGGGCUUUGCCCUUGUCCCUAAAUGCCGUUCAAGUCGGGCCUGUCCAUUCCUCAUUCGUCAUCCUCUCACUUCUUGCCUCUUUUCGUGCAUCAUCACCCUUUUUCGGUUUCGGGCGCCCGAUAAUUCGCCAUGUCCCUCGACCUCGAAAGGCAGCUCACCUUCUAUGGUGCAUAUCACCAUAACCAAGUGAACGUAAUAAUUCACAUGGUUUGCGUGCCGCUAAUUCUGUUUUCCUUUUUCGAGCUCGCUUCCAAUUACGGCCCCUUUUUCACACCACCGCCAUGGCUCCACGUACCCUAUCUCGAGCUAAACUUGGGAACCAUUGCGGCAAUGAUAUGGGGCGGACUGUACCUCCUCCUUGAACCUGUUGCGGGGGGUGUGCUUGCACUCAUUUGCCUCGCUGCCGCGGCUGGGACCAACUACCUCCGGCUGCAGGACCCCGCCGGCACAAAUCAGAUUUCCAUCGCGGUACACGUUGUCUCUUGGAUCGCGCAGUUUGUCGGCCACGGCAAGUUUGAGGGGAGGGCACCGGCAUUGCUCGACAACCUCUUCCAGGCCGUUUUUCUGGCUCCGUUGUUUGUCUGGCUCGAACUGCUGUUCUUGGUAGGCUACCGCCCCGAGUUGAAGAGGCGUGUCGACAAGGCCGUCAAGAUUGAGAUUGCCAAGUUUCGCGAGCAGAAGGCGAAGAAGGCCGGAAAGGCCCAGUAGUUGGGUCACAGCCCAGGUGCCGAGAUGCCGUUGCCGUAAACAAGGGAUUGGCACAUGGGCGGAAGACAAUCUAGAUGAGAAGGUUCUGCAAAGAAAAGCCGGGGCCGACAGAGCCAAUUACACGCUUUCUACAUCGGCUGGAGGGGGGAACUGGAACUGAGGUUUAGGACUGGUACCUCUUGGUUAUCGAGGAACUUGAACGGUAGCUAUAAGUCGGGGAUAGCACCGUGUCAAGACACAGGCGUGCCACCUGUUCGCGCUGGAGCUUCACAUCGUCCCUUCGUUUCACCACAGGUCAUUGAGCAGAGUGCUUUCUGGAUGAGCAUUCUGUCAAGAGACGCGGAGUUUCCGAACCAAUUGGACAGUUAACACGGUCCGGAAGAGGGUUGAGGGGGUGCAGUAAUACGGAAGAGGAUAUAGUUCGCCUAGAAUUGUGGUCACUGUUCAAAUCUACCCGAUCUCCCUCUCC